AAACAUUAUCAUCGAUAAAUGAUUCCAUUGUAAUCGAUCAAAUUCUGUCUUCCGUAUCAACGAGUAUGUCAUCAUCAUCAUCCACUUCUGCAAUACCAAUGAUGAACGAUGGCAACAAUGGAGUUCAUCAUCGUCAAAAUGAUGAUAUUUUUGUUGAUAAACCAUCGUGGACAACACGAAUCGUAUCUAACAAUGAUGAUACUGUUUCGAUGCAAUGUUCACAAUUGUUCACUAAUUCAGCCACCGAUAUUAUGGCUGUCAACGAUACAUCGAUUAUGGCCAAUAUUACAAACAUAACUAGCCUAACGGCUAAUGCCAGUUUUAAAUUAGGUCAACUAAGUCAACAAUUGACCAAUCAAAGUCAGCUUUUGUUUAAUGAAACUUGGCUAUUAAGCAACUUAGCAGCAAAUGUUCAUGAUGAUGAUAUAAAUGUAUCAUCAUCAUCAUCGUCAGCCACAUCGAUAAUAAUGAGCCAAAAUUCUUCAUCUUCAUCAUUUUAUUGUGAUGCUGUUUGGGAUGGUUUUUAUUGUUGGCCAAUGACUACUUCCGGAACAAUUUUAAUGCGUUCAUGUCGAGAUAUAUUCGAUUCAGUAGGUGAAUUACCAAAAGAUCAAAUUGAUGAGUCUACCUAUAAUAAUUCUUUUGCCUAUCGUAUAUGUGACAAUAAUGGAACAUGGAUCAAGAAUUGGACUAAUUAUACUGAAUGUUUAAUGUUGAUCGCUAAUAAUGAAUCAGACCCGGAUGCUUUUAAAUAUCAAUUCAUAAGACAAUUGGUCAUAUUCAUUAUGUUUUCAUGCUCAAUAUUAUCGUUGAUUUUGUUGUCGAUAACAUUUUUCAUAUUCACAUAUUUCCGAUCAUUAACAUCAUGUCGACUUCGUGUUCAUCGAAAUCUGGUACUUGCAUUAAUAUUACAUUCAAUAUGUUUAUUGUUGAUUGCCAGUCCACAUCUAUUCAAUCCGGAUGAAUCACUUUCUUCAUAUUGGGAGAUUGAAUGGCUUUGUAAAUCAAUAUUGACGUUAAAGCUAUAUUCAACAUUAGCAUCUAUCAAUUGGAUGUUUAUUGAAGGAUUCCAAUUACAUAGUCGAGUUACCGUAUCGAUUCUACGUAGAGAUGCUCCAUUUAAACUUUAUCAUUUUCUUGGUUGGGGAAUCCCAUUGGUAUUAGUGGCAGCAUGGGCAUUACAGAUGUCAUUGACAAUGGACACUUUAUGCUGGAAUGGUUAUGCACAUUCGCUAUAUAUAUGGAUUAUUGUUGGGCCAAUGAUUCUAGCUCUAUCGGUGAAUUGUAUUUUUCUUGUUAAUAUAAUUCGAGUGUUGCUUACCAAACUUCGUUUGACAGUAACCAUGGAGAUUAAACAAAUUCGCAAAGCAAUCAAAGCCACAGCCUUGCUUUUUCCCUUGCUUGGUAUAUCGCAUUUAUUGUUUUGUAUUAAUCCGGAUGAUAAUGGCCGUUUAGAGGAUGCUUAUCUUAUUUUUAAUGCUUUUCUACAAUCAUCUCAAGGUAUAUUUGUCUCAAUAUUAUAUUGUUUUAUGGAUACCGAUGUUCAACAAGCAUUGAAACUAACAUAUCAACGAACCGUAUGUAAAAACGGUUCAUACCCUUCUCGAUAUUCUCGACAAACUGCAAAUAUCACAUCAACUAAAACACCGAAUCUACGUGAUAGAAAUCUAGGCUCAUUCAAAUUCACCAAAAAACGACCAAUAAUCAACAAUUUAGUUCGGACCAACAGUUUGAAUGAAACAACUAUGGGAAAAGAAAUAACAUUUCACGCAAAUCGUUGUCUUUCUGAUUCUUCUAAUAAUGAUGUAAAUAAUACUGCCAAACAACAAAACAAUGGUUUUAUUCCGAUCACGACAAAAUUUGAUAUAAAUUCUACAACUUACGCCCAUCAAAUUGACGUUGGCCAGAUAUUUAAUCAAAAAACACAUUGUCAUCGUUCGGCUAAUGCAAUAACACCACCUUCAACAAUUAAAGGAUCACAAGCCCUAUGUAUAAUGUACAAUUCGAAUGGAGAAAUGGUUCGAUUCAAACCGAAAACCGUUCAACAGCAUUUGAAUCCAAAAUCAUCUUCAAUUCCCGAUGCUGGUAUAAUAACAAUUGAAAUAGAAUCGAAAACAAAAAAAAGAUGAUUGAUUCGGAACAUUUCUACAUUUGUGUUUAUUUGUUUAAUUAUGUAAUAUAUAUUUAUUUAUGUUUCAUUUCAAAUGUUGUGUGUAUAUAUGAAUGGGUGGUGAAUAAAAUUCUCAAAAUUUUUUUUUGUA